GAGAGUUGAUUCGUUGAACUGAAGCUUCUGUACACCCGUUUUCUACGUGCCCAUUUCUUAGUAUUUCAGUCUUGUUAGAACUCGUAAAUCCCAUUAUGCAUCUCUAUAUAUAUGUUAACGAAAUCCUAAAGUAAUCUCUUUCAUAUUUCUUAACAGAUUCCAGAGAGAGAGAGAAUACCUAUCGUUACUUUUUUUUCUUCAACAUAUAUUCUUCUCAGAAUUUCACUCAUUCGGCACCAUAACUUUUCUCUGAAUUUCUACUUGAAUUUGAUCCCUAUCCACAAUUCCUACUGAUAUCCGAUUAUAAGUAGCAUAGAAACCGAUUCUCUUCGCUUUUUCCUAUCAGCCCAUCAAAUUUUUUUCAAGAAACAGUUCAUCUUGAUUUUCCGGGUUCCAUCAAGAUUCCGUUGUUGUUGUUCUUAUCUGGUCUCUGAUAUUGGAGAAAAGGGUUUGUGAAAUUGAAUUGAGUUUUCAACAUGGCGACCACUCCUGUUAGUCUUGACAAAUGGAGGGAGUAUUUCCGGGGUGCGAAUUCUGACAUCUUUGAUAUCAUCGAGCACGCGGUGAUGGUUGCUGCUUGUGAUUGCCCCUACGACUUCAAACUGAAGAGGGAUCGGAUUGCUGAGAUGCUGUUCACUUGCAAAUUCACCAAGUGUUUCGGCUGUGACAGAGUUGAAUUGGCUGUCCCAAAUCCUGACGGUGUGGAGAAAAGAGAUGACGGCGAUGAUAAGUACAGAAGUGAGAUUGAGGCUGGGGGAAGUAAAGACACAAAAGAGAGUAAAGUGAAUGACGAUGAUCAUCAUACAGAGAUUGUGGUGAUGGAUGUGAAUCAGAUUACCAACAAUAGUUAUGGAGAUGUUGACGCACUGACUGAUGAGAUUGAGGAGUCCUCUCAGAUUUUGGAUGAAGUUUUUAGGAUCAAAGCAAUUAUUGACAACAGACAAGAAGAGUCUUGUGAGUUGCUGAUUGAUUCACUGAGGCGGCUCCAGCUUAUGACUUUGUCCGUGGAGAUUCUGAAGGAUACGGAAAUUGGGAAAUCUGUUAAUGCUAUGCGGAAGCAUGGAUCAAAGGAAAUUCGGAGUCUUGUUAGGACAUUGAUUGAGAAUUGGAAAUCUGUGGUUGAUGCAUGGGUUGAUGCUACUACAGCCAUUGCAGCUGUGGAAGUUACAACAGAAUCUGUAAGAACAUCUGUUGUCGAAGAAGAGCAAGGGCUACCAUCUCCUCCACUCGAUGAAGGAGCCUUCUUUUCCCCUCCCACCAACAUGGAGCUCUCAAAGUUCUUUGAUGGCAUGGAUGAUGACGGAAAUCCUCGGGACAACAGGGCACUCAACAAGAACCAAGAAAAACAGAAGUUUGAGAGUCCCAGUGAUUCGAGCACUCAUCCAAAGGACCAGAAGUCUGAACAGAAGACAAAUCAGGAAUCAAUCUUGAAGAAACAAGCCCCUCCCUGUAAGCCGAACAGGCUUCCUACCGAUGAAUCGGCCACCAGGAGACCUAAACCGGCUCUGCAACCAAAGUCUAACAACGAGACAAUGAUCCAGCAAAAAGGCACAAAGCCAAAGAAACCGAGCCCUCAUCAACAAGAGAAUUUUGACUGCAACAAUGAGGCUUCAAUUAAGAUAAAAUUAGAGGCUGCUAAGAGGAAGCUGCACGAGCGCUAUCAAGAAGUCGAAAAGGCCAAGAAGCGGAGAACCAUACAAGUGGUCGAGCUGCACGAUCUCCCAAAGCAGACCACUGCACAGAGGAAUCAGCCAAUGCGUCCUGGCAACCAGCACAGGCAAUUGGCCAAUGGGCGAUGGUAGAUUCUGCCAACCACUGACGUAGUAUUAACAAAUCGUCGAGUUUCUUCCACCUCAACAAGUAAAUGCGAGUAGAACGAUUUCACUAACUUGCAGACAAUUCAUGGCCAAAGCCCGCUUGAGAACUGAAGAUUCCAAUAUACCGUGUAGAUCAGCUGAUGUAGUAUAGACAUUGGUAGUUUUCUUGAACAUGCGAUGUGUUGCUAUGGGCACUAAAAUUUUGUCCACCAAGUUACUGAUUCUUGUCUGAUCAACGUUGUGUCAUCAUCUCAUAUCCAUUCCUAGAAAAUUAGUAACCGAUAACGAGGGAUAUCCCAUUUUAUAAACAGGACCCCUCUCCCAAUCGGGGAAACUUGUAAUAUUUUAGUUUCAUAUUGUUUUUGCAUAGAUUUAAAGUAAAAUUAUUGGAUA